UCCUAUUCUCCUCCCAAUCCUUGUUUUGUGUGUAUUUAAUUUUUACAGGGAAAAAAGAUCAAUGGAGGGUCUCACACUAACCGGAUUGUUGAGCAGAGUCGCCGGUGAGUAUCCUACCCGCAGAGCUCUCUCAGUUUCUGGGAAGUUCGAUUUGACUUACGCAAGGCUACAAGAACUAGUCGAGUAUGCCGCUUCUCGGCUUGUGGCUUCUGGUGUCACCCCUAACGAUGUCGUUUCGCUCGUCUUCCCCAACACAGUCGAGUUUGUGAUAAUGUUUUUGGCUGUAAUCCGAGCACGAGCCGUGGCUGCGCCGCUCAACUCAGCCUACACGUCGGAUGAGUUCCAGUUUUACCUAUCCGACUCGGAAGCUAAGCUAUUAUUAACCUCGAAAGAAGGAAACGACUCGGCUCAAGCUGCGGCUUCCAAGCUCAACAUCCCACACGCCACCGCCGCGGUCUCCCAUUCCAAUUCCGAACUCGUUCUUUCUCUUACUCAGUCCGUUUCGGGUCCCACCUCCAUCUCCGAACUCACCAACGAGCCAUCCGACGUGUCGCUCUUCCUCCACACGUCUGGCACCACGAGCCGGCCCAAAGGCGUGCCGCUGACUCAGCUCAACUUAGCCUCUUCAGUGCAGAAUAUAAAGUCCGUGUACAAGCUCACUGAGUCAGACUCAACCGUCAUAGUCCUUCCACUCUUUCACGUCCAUGGUUUGUUAGCCGGGUUACUGAGUUCACUCGGUGCCGGAGCCUCCAUGACUCUCCCAGCAGCGGGCCGAUUCUCGGCUUCCACAUUUUGGUCAGACAUGCUCAAAUACAACGCCACGUGGUACACCGCGGUUCCCACCAUACACCAAAUCAUAUUGGAUCGCCACCUUAGUGCCCCGGAACCCGUUUACCCGAAGCUCCGAUUCAUCCGAAGCUGUAGUGCUUCGCUAGCACCGGUUAUACUGGGUCGGCUAGAGGAGGCGUUCGGGGCACCGGUUUUGGAGGCUUAUGCCAUGACGGAGGCGACCCACCUAAUGGCGUCGAAUCCGUUACCGGAGGAUGGCCCGCAUAAACCCGGAUCAGUUGGGAGAGCCGUGGGUCAGGAAAUGACAAUAUUAGAUGAAAAUGGAGCAAUACAGGAUGCUAAUGCGAGUGGUGAGGUGUGCAUAAGGGGUCCCAAUGUGACCAAAGGAUAUAAAAGCAACCCAGAGGCCAACAAAGCUGCUUUUAGGUUCGGGUGGUUCCACACUGGUGAUCUCGGGUAUUUUGAUUCGGAUGGGUAUUUGCAUCUUGUGGGUCGGAUCAAAGAGCUUAUCAACCGUGGAGGGGAAAAGAUAUCGCCCAUUGAAGUAGAUGCUGUACUUUUGACUCAUCCAGACAUUGCACAAGCGGUCGCUUUUGGAGUCCCAGAUGACAAAUAUGGGGAAGAGAUUAAUUGUGCAAUUAUUCCAAGAGAAGGAUCAAAUCUCAAUGAGGAGGAAGUGCUGAGGUUCUGCAAGAAGAAUCUUGCAGCAUUCAAGGUUCCUAAGAGAGUUUUCAUCACAGAUUCUCUCCCGAAAACCGCUACUGGGAAGAUCCAACGGCGAAUAGUAGCUGAGCAUUUUCUUGCUCAAAUAUCAACCGCGAAAGUGCCUAAGUUUGGGGCAUAGAGAAUUUGCUGGUAAUCACGGUCAUGGUCCUCUACAUUUUAUAAGUAGAAGGGUAACAUAAGUGCUUGUGUGUGGCCAACAUGGUAAUAUGGCAUUGUAUCUAAACUGAAAAAAUUAAUAAUAAUAAGGUUUUCUAUCCAAUAACAUCAUAAAUUAUGGUUUUUAUUUAUUUUAUUAUUA